AUGGAGAAUUACAAUAAUAAACUCAAAUCUGACUUUUCAAGAGUUUACACAAGGGAAUCAACUAGAAAAGAAUAUGAUUAUAGGAAAAAAGAAUAUUAUGGACGAGAAAGUGAUAUAAAUGGACAUUCAGAUUCAUAUAAAAGUUAUAGAAAUGAAUAUCCUCAUAAAUACAGAAGAAAAGACCAAUAUUUUAGAAGAGAAAACUCCAGAUCUCCUGAAAGAUAUUGGAAUAGAAACCCAAUUACUAGAGGGAGAGGCUAUUCUAGAUCAAAUUCUGUAUCACCAGAUAGAGUUUCUUGUAAUAAUAGCAAAAGAUAUUCAAAUCUUUAUUCAAGCAUUGAAAAAAAUGUAGAUUCGAAGUUAGAUAAGGUCAAAAAAGAUCUUGAAUAUUCUAACAGAGAUGACUUGACAGUCUUAGUAUUGAAUUUAAAUUUAGACGCACAAGAAUUUGAAGUUUAUGAAUUCUUUACAACAUAUGCUGGAAAUGUGAGAGACAUACGAAUUAUUCGUGAUCACAGAACAGGGAGAUCCAAAGGAGUUUGCUAUGUUGAGUUUUAUUCUGUUGAGUCAGUAUUAAAAGCUCUCAAGCUUAAUGGACAAAAGAUUAUGGAUACAUCUAUUACAAUCCAGGCAUCUCAGGCUGAAAAGAACAGAGCUGCUAAGCUAGCUAAAUUGGAAGAAAUUAAAGCAGAAACUACACCUCUUUUGCUUAGAGUAGAUGGAUUGGUUGGCUUAUUGUCAAGAAUAAGACGAGAUGAAAUAGACAGCUUGUUCUCAACAUUUGGAAAAGUCACCAAUAUUGAAAUUGAGGUUGACAGAAAAACUCAAACAUGUCUUGGAUUUGCCUAUAUUUUGUUUGAAAAGGCAAUUGAAGGCCAUGAUGCAAUUAAAGCUCUCAAUAAUUUUGAGAUUGCUGGACAAAAAAUCACGGUUUCUAUAUCUCAAGAAAGUCAUUCAAGUGUCAAAAUUCCUAAUAGCUUGGUUUCCUCACCCUCUAACAGUUCUUUACCAGUUCUUGGAAUGUCAAACUCCCAAAAUGACCUUUCCAAGGAGAAGUCCUCAGCUUACAAUUUGGAAAGAGUUUCUGAAUUCGAUAAAUUAGACGAGUCAGAAGAGGCUGUCCUCCUUGGUGCAGACUCAAGAAACUUUCUGACAAAAAAACUAUUAGCAAGAACUCACUCCAAGAUUAACAACUCAACUAUACAGGAAACCUCCAAAAAUAGUAAUUCACCCACUAUUGUUAAUACUCCAUUAAAUCUUUUUCCAUCUUCCCCUCCCCUUAAUCAACCAUCUAAUAUUAAUCCUGAUCUUCCAUCCUCAGCUACCCACUCUCAAUCUUCUUCAGAUCAGAAAAUGGAUGAUACUACUAAUAGUCCUGCUUCUAAUCAGUUGGAAACAAAUUAUUGUUGUUUACUAUUUAGUAAUAUGUUCACCGAGCAAAGUAUUAAAGAGUCCAUGGAAGAAGAUGAAACUGUAGAACAGAUCUUAGAGGAAAUUCAAGCAGAUGUUGAAGAAGAGUGUGAAAAGUACGGAAAGCUUUUGGGGUGUUUUCUGGACAAGGAGAAGAAAGAUGGUAAUGUUUGGGUAAAGUAUUCCAACCCUGAGGAAGCAUCUAAAGCUCAGAAAGUUUUUCACAAAAGGUUUUUUGGAGGAAGAGAGUUAAAUGUAACUUUUAUAAAAGAUGAGGAUUUUCCCAAAUUAAGUAAAUCUUAA